CCGAAAGGCAAUUUUGCCCUUGUGCAUUUCCAGCACGCAAAACAAAAGAAGCGAGAACAGACAGCAAGAAGCAGGCAGACAGACAAACACACACGCACACACACAGUGCAGAACACCACAGAUGGAUCCCGAAAAGUGGAUUGACGCAGUCAAGGACUGCCAAUACUUGCCGGAGCAGGACUUAAAGCUGCUCUGCGACAAGGUCUGCGAGAUCUUGAUGGAGGAAGGCACGGUGCAGACAGUAUCGGCACCUGUAACGGUCUGCGGCGACAUCCACGGACAGUUCUACGAUCUGGAAGAGCUGUUCAGGCGUGGUGGUCAGGUCCCAGAGACCAAGUACAUCUUCAUGGGCGACUUUGUGGACAGAGGGCAUUACAGCUUGGAAACGUUUACGCGGUUGCUCACCCUCAAAGUCAAGUGCUUCAACGAGCACAACGGCGUUGAUCUCAUUUGCCGCGCGCAUCAGCUUGUGGCGGAGGGCAUCAAGUACAUGUUUGAGGGCGAUCUCCUCGCAACCGUCUGGUCCGCCCCAAACUACUGCUACAGAUGCGGAAAUGUCGCCGCCAUCCUCUCCUUUGACGAGAACCUCAACCGCGACGCAAAGAUCUUCCAAGCUGUUCCUGACGAGAACCGGAAAGUGCCGCCGCCACGGACAACGCCGUACUUCCUGUGAUCACCACCACCGUCAACAUCACCACCACCUGCUUGUCUUAUGUUCACAUUAGUCAUCGUGAAUUGCCUUUGUCAUCAUCGUUGUUGUGCAUUGUUGUCAACCCAUGUCCUGCCUACCUCGUUGCUCUCUGUCUCGCUCGCUUGCUUGCUCGGUUGUUACUUCUUCUUUCUUCGCUUUUUCUCCUCUUUCCUGCCCCCCCCCAAAUCGCCAUCAGCACCAUAGCGCGUGCGUGCGUGUACCCGUCGUCUCGCCCGAACGUCUCUUGACAACUGCACAUACACACGCGGGGCCACUCGCUUGUUCGCUCGCUCGUCUCUGCCCUGCUUCGUCGCUGUGGCUUUGCUCGCUUCUCUCUGUUGUUGAGGCGCUGACGCACAGCCACCGACGAACACAUGUGAGCCAACUUGAUCACCUGCACCCAACGUGCAUUUCCCACACUUUCCUUCUAUUCCUGCUUGCCCUGCCAUAUAGCUUUUCCCCCCUCGCAUUUGCGUGCGCCAGUGUUGUCAAUCAAUCAACCAAUCUAUUCAGUCA